GGGGACUUGGCAAGACAAUUCAGACAAUAGCAUUUCUUGCUGCAGUAUUUGAAAAAGAUGGUGAAUAUGGUCGCUCCAUAAUGUUGAAGGAAAAACAACUUGACAAGAAGGGCCCUGUAUUAAUUGUCUGCCCUUCUUCUGUCAUCCACAAUUGGGAGUGUGAAUUCUCUAUAUGGUCAAGCUUUAUUGUUUCUAUUUACCAUGGUUCAAAUCGUGAUCUGAUUUUUGAGAAGCUACAAGGCAAUGGAGUUGAGGUACUUAUUACCAGUUUUGACACAUUCAGAAUUCAUGGGAACAUUUUGUCAGAUGUCAAAUGGGAGAUUGUGAUUGUUGAUGAGGCACACCGUCUAAAGAAUGAAAAGUCAAAACUCUAUACAGCAUUUUUGGAUAUUAAGACUCGUAAACGUGUUGGUCUCACAGGAACUGUUAUGCAGAACAAAAUCAUGGAACUGUUCAACCUCUUUGACUGGGUUGCUCCUGGAUCCUUAGGAACACGUGAACAUUUUCGUGAGUUUUAUGAUGAACCCCUCAAGCAAGGCCAGAGGUCAACUGCUCCCGAAAGAUUUGUGCAGGUUGCUGGUAAACGGAAACAGCACCUUGUAUCAAUUCUUCGUAAAUAUAUGCUGAGAAGGACAAAAGAGGAGACUAUUGGGCAUCUUAUGAUGGGAAAAGAAGAUAAUGUUGUAUUUUGUGCAAUGGGUGAAUUGCAAAAACGGGUGUAUAGGAGAGUGUUGCAGCUGCCAGAUGUCCAAUGUCUUAUAAACAAGGACAUUCCUUGUAGCUGUGGAAGCCCUCUUACCCAAGUGGAAUGUUGUAACAGGAUCGUACCAAAUGGGAUUAUCUGGCCAUACCUUCACAGGGAUAACCCAGAUGGUUGUGAUUCAUGCCCAUUCUGUCUUGUCCUUCCUUGCCUUGUCAAGCUCCAACAGAUAAGCAAUCACCUGGAGCUUAUUAAACCUAAUCCUAGGGAUGAACCAGAUAAGCAAAGAAAAGACAUAGAGUUUGCCUCAGCUGUGUUUGGUCCUGAUGUUGAUUUGGUGGGAGGGAGUACCCAGACUGAGAGUUUUAUGGGCUUGAGUGAUGCUAAACAUUGUGGCAAAAUGCGGGCCCUAGAAAAAUUAAUGACCUCUUGGGCUUUAAAGGGUGAUAAAAUUCUUCUUUUCAGUUACUCUGUAAGGAUGCUGGACAUAUUGGAAAAAUUCCUUAUAAGAAAAGGCUAUUGCUUCUCAAGACUUGAUGGAUCUACUCCAACCAACAUGCGCCAGUCUCUUGUUGAUGAAUUUAACUCAAGUCCAAGCAAACAGGUGUUCCUUAUAUCCACCCGAGCUGGUGGGCUUGGAUUGAACCUUGUGAGUGCAAAUCGUGUGGUGAUAUUUGAUCCAAAUUGGAAUCCAUCUCAAGAUUUACAGGCCCAAGACAGAUCAUUUCGGUUUGGGCAGAAGCGACAUGUUGUGGUUUUCCGCCUCCUUGCAGCUGGUUCUCUUGAGGAACUUGUAUAUUCUCGCCAAGUGUAUAAACAGCAGCUAUCCAACAUUGCUGUCUCUGGAAAAAUGGAAAAACGGUAUUUUGAAGGGGUUCAGGACUGCAAGGAAUUUCAAGGAGAGCUUUUUGGAAUCUGCAAUCUGUUUCGUGAUCUUUCUGAUAAACUCUUUACAAGUGAAAUUAUUGAAUUACAUGAAAAACAAGGACAAGAAGUAGACCAUUGCGGCAAUAAGCAGGAACUGACUGGAGUAACAUCUUCCUCUAGGCCCAAGACCAUGCAGCCUAGUGAAUCGGAGAGGACUGCUACUAAUGAACUAGGCCUUGAAGACUUAGGAAUCGUGUAUUUUCAUCGAAACGAAGACAUAGUCAACAGUGGACCUGGGUUUCAAGAGAAGAAGGAAGUGAACUUUGCUCCGGAUGAUGACCGAAGACCAGACACCUGCGUUGCAGGAAAAAGGCAAAAAAGGAAACCAGAUCGUGUGGAAAAUGUUCUCCCAGCCAGGGACCGCAAAAAGAUUCAGUAUGGUCUUCUAGCCGAUUUCAAGGGCAUGGAUGUGGUUGAAUUUAGCAAAUGGGUACUAUCUGCCACACCUGUGGAGAGGGAAAUAGUGCUUGAAAACUUCAAGAAGAGAAAGAAGAGAACAAUAGAGGUCAGAUAGUGUCUCCUUGUAUGACACUCAUACUCUUGAGGGAAGUGAUUUGGUGUUACAAUAUUAGAAUCAAUAUCAGAUGUACAACUCUGAUUCUUUAGAAUGACGUGCAGUAUGUUGUUUUGUGUUUUUCUUUUCCUAAUUUUCAACCAUCCAAACGCAUUCCAAUCAGAGAUAAC